CAACCAUCAACCUCCACUUCUCUCUGCCCUUCCUCACAGACUUGGCGCCUGUCCAGCAUACUUCUCGACUCUCGCGAAUAGUUCCUCACUCUCCGAGCCACCGCCAUGUGGGUCAUCGAUUGGUUCUGGGACUUGCUCGCCAACUUGGGCCUGGCCAACAAGCAUGCCAAAUUGCUGUUCCUCGGUCUCGACAAUGCCGGAAAAACCACUCUCCUCCACAUGCUCAAGAACGACCGUGUCGCCAUCCUCCAGCCCACCCUGCACCCUACCUCCGAAGAGCUGAGCGUCGGCAGCUGUCGUUUCACAACCUUUGAUCUUGGUGGACAUCAGCAGGCUCGCCGCCUGUGGAAAGACUACUUCCCCGAAGUGAGCGGUAUUGUCUUUCUCGUAGACGCCAAGGACCCCGAGCGCUUCGCCGAAUCGAAGGCGGAGCUUGAUGCUCUGCUCAGCAUGGAGGAUCUGGCAAAGACGCCCUUCUUGAUCCUUGGCAACAAGAUUGACCACCCGAACGCUGUGAGCGAGGAUCAACUACGCCACGAGCUAGGACUCUAUCAGACAACAGGAAAGGGCAAGGUACCUCUUGAUGGCAUCAGACCUAUUGAGAUCUUCAUGUGCUCGGUCGUAAUGAGGCAGGGAUACGGUGAUGGUAUUCGCUGGCUGUCUCAGUACGUGUAGUUUUGUCACUUUGCGGCGUUGCUCCUAUAUUCAAUGGGUGUCUAUGGCACACCUGCGACUCCGAUUGUUAAAUAGCGUUACGAAGACAUUGGAGCACAGGCACACACUCGUAUACCCAUCUGCGCUUCCGCUCGACGUGAGGCAGCUGCGCCAAUACCAGUUCACCGAGUCUGCUCUGGUUCUUUGCUCACACGUUCCCAGGGCCACAAAUGCAAUUUGUGCCCGAUUUGUUCUUUGCAAAUGUGCUAAAAC